GAUGCGUCUCUUGUUAGUCUUCCAUCAAGCUGUCACCGUCAAGGAAUCUGUGACAUAACAUGCAAUGAUGAGAUUAAAGAAAUUCCAUUAGCGGGCCCCACGGGUUUGUUCUUCAAUUUUGAUGGGCUAAUCCGCCCGCAAUUUUGAAAAGCCCGGCUCUAUAGGCCCGCUACCAAUCCACACCUUACUUUUCUGGGCCCAUGGGCCCGUUUGACUGGGACACCGGACACCGGACCAACCAGAUUCCUCAGAUUACUCAACCAACCACGACAACCUCAGAAUUUCCGAGGCCAAGACGAACACCGGAAAUCAAAUCCCCAUUUUCUCCUUCCCUGUCCGCCGCCGGAAAAUGAAUUUCCGUUUCGCAACCCUCACAUUCCGGUCACUCAUAUCCACCCGCCGCCGUCUCUCCUCGAAAUCCUUCGCCUCCUCCGCAGCUCCUACCGCCGCACCGCCGUCAUCUACUUCCCCUCAACAGUACCCCCAAACAUUGGAUGGCUUGCGGAGGCGGCUAGCGGCUGAGUCGCCGGCGCUCGGAGACUUCGUACGGUUCCAGUCGGACAGCGAGUAUUCAGUUGAAGUCGGCACGAAGAAGAAGCCGCUCCCCAAGCCCAAAUGGAUGAAGGAAGCAAUCCCCGGCGGGGAGAAGUACACGCAGAUCAAGAAGAAACUGAGGGAGUUGAAGCUCCACACGGUUUGCGAAGAGGCUAAGUGUCCUAAUUUGGGAGAAUGUUGGUCCGGCGGCGAAACGGGCACCGCCACCGCCACCAUUAUGAUUCUCGGCGAUACUUGCACUCGAGGUUGCAGAUUUUGCAAUGUGAAGACUUCUCGCACUCCACCUCCUCCUGACCCAAACGAGCCAUCCAAUGUGGCUGAGGCAAUUGCUUCGUGGGGGUUGGAUUAUGUUGUGAUUACCAGUGUGGAUCGUGACGAUUUGCCUGAUCAAGGAAGCAGCCAUUUUGCUGAGACAGUAGAGAAGCUCAAGGCAUUGAAGCCAAAUAUGCUCAUAGAAGCACUAACUCCUGAUUUUCGAGGGGACCAUAGUUGUGUUGAAAAGGUUGCCAAAUCUGGGUUGGAUGUUUUUGCUCAUAACAUCGAGACAGUUGAGGAGCUUCAGAGUGUUGUACGUGAUCACCGUGCUAACUUUAAGCAGUCCAUGGAUGUCUUAAUAAUGGCCAAGGAAUAUGCACCUACCGGUACACUGACCAAGACAUCGAUAAUGUUGGGAUGUGGAGAAACGCCCGAUCAAGUGAUUAAAACAAUGGAAAAGGUGAGGGAAGCGGGUGUUGAUGUAAUGACAUUUGGGCAAUACAUGAGACCCUCAAAGCGUCACAUGCCUGUGUCGGAAUACAUAACUCCAGAAGCUUUUGACAAGUAUCGAGUUCUUGGAAUGGAAAUGGUUCGUCCCAAUCCUUUUCUUGUUAAUGUAUAUUCCUUGAUAUUCCGGCUAAUGACAUUAGUGCCCGUUUGCGUAUUUCAGGGAUUCCGGUAUGUGGCAUCUGGACCGAUGGUUAGGUCCUCGUACAAGGCAGGCGAGUUUUACAUAAAAUCCAUGAUAGAAUCAGACCGCGCUGCAUCUUCAGUGUAACAUCCGGUUUUUCAUACAAUAGAAUUUACUGCUUCAGUGGUUUGCUUUAUGUGCUCCCCUAAUUGCUUGGUCUACUUUUGGUGCAAGCCCCAUUCAAUCUUCUUCCCAUCUCAAGCAAGAAUCCACAGCAGAGUGUGAGGCAAUGGGAAAAACAUUAUUUGUACUUCAUGUUACUUGUACAUAUGAUUGUUGAUGUAAUUAUAAUGUUUUGGAUAUUGCAAUUUGAUCAUUGUUCAAUUGUGUGUAAAGACCUUCCAUUUCAUACCUCGAAUGUUCAAUAUGAUUGGGAAUAACAAA